AUGGCCAUUCUACCCAGCAGCAGCCUCAAGUUCUGUGUGAGUGAGGUCGGACCUCUGGGUGUGGUCAGCCCGGCCAUAACAUGCAGAGCUGAUCCAACUGCAGGGACUUCUGGGAAGUCUGCAGAUGCACAGACCAAACCCACUGACCGAACAGAUGUGCCUCCCCAAAGUUCAGUGCAGGUCUCGGCUGUGGAGCAGCUCCACGACAGACCGAUCAAGACAGAGCCGGAGGUCCAGGGAUUUCUGGGAGGUGCAGUCCGAAGGGAGGGCUGUGAGCCACUGAUGCAGAGAACCUACCCAGCAGAACUACGCAGGGAGCCAAUGACAGAGAAGAGGAGCGUGGGCGUGGAGAAGGUUCCGGCAGGGGGCAGGGUGUCGUCUCUGAACCCUGAACUGCUAAAGCCCAUGAAGAAGAGGAAGAGGAAGGAGUACCUGAGUCCGUCCGAGGAAGACUCUGACCUGGAUGCCCUGGAGGAGAAGAUGGAGAUGGACAUGAAGGCAGAGGACAGACACCACAGAGCAGGUGCUGGAGAUGGGAAGGAGGAGCCAUGGACCUGGGCUCUGUACCUAGAGGAGCAGAAAGCGGUUGCAGCUCCAGUCAAGCUCUUCCAGGAGUCUCAGAGAGUCCCCCAGUGUAAGAGCGGUUUCCGGCAAGGGAUGAAACUGGAGGGCAUUGACCCCCAGCACCCUUCAAUGUACUUCGUCCUUACAGUGGCCGAGGUGUGUGGUUACAGGCUACGCCUCCAUUUCGACGGCUACUCCGACUGCCAUGACUUCUGGGUAAACGCCAACUCCCCGGACAUCCAUCCCGCCGGCUGGUGUGAGAGCACCGGACACAAACUGUACACCCCCAAAGGUUGUAAAGAGGAGGAGUUUACCUGGGCCAACUAUCUGAGGAUGACUAAAGCACAGGCUGCCCCCAAGGAGUUGUUUGCCAGUGCUGGCAGGACUGACAUGGACUGCGGGUUUGAGGUGGGCAUGAAACUAGAGGCGGUCGACCGUAUGAAUCCCUCGCUCAUCUGCGUAGCCACGGUAACCGACGUGGUGGACAAGCGCUUCCUGGUUCACUUUGACAACUGGGAUGACACCUAUGACUACUGGUGUGAUGCCAGCAGCCCAUACAUCCACCCCAUUGGCUGGUGCCUGGAAAGGAACCUCCCCCUCACGCCACCGCAGGACUACCCAGAUCCAGGACGCUUCUCCUGGACUCGGUACCUGGAUGAGACCGGUUCCACCGCAGUGUCUGCUGAGAACUUCACGGUGCGGCCAGCACAUGGUUUCCUGCCCCAGAUGCAUCUGGAGGUUGUGGACAAGAGGAGCCCUGGUCUGAUCAGGGUGGCCACAGUGGAGGAGGUGGACACACACCGCAUCAAGGUUCACUAUGAUGGCUGGAGUCACAUGUAUGAUGAGUGGAUGGACUCUGACAACGGGGACCUUCAUCCUGUGGGCUGGUGUGAGAGCACAGGUCACCCCCUGAAGGUGCCCCCCCGAGAAUCCAAAAUACAGCAGCCCCCAGGUCCCAGGGAACCCGCCACUACAGGUCAGUCCAGUUACCCCUCCAUGGCCUGUAAAAGCCUCAGCCACCCCAGAAGCACCAAGUACAGCUUCCACCACAGGAAGUGUCCCACACCGGGGUGUGACGGCUCGGGCCAUGUGACUGGUCGGUUCACUGCGCAUCACUGUCUGUCAGGCUGCCCGUUGGCUGAGAGGAACCAGGGUCGGCUGAAGGCAGACCUAUCAGACACAGAAGCGGGUGGGGCUAAAAGGAACCUGCUGGUCUUUGGACAGAGGGCCAAGAAGUCGCGCUAUGGCAGGAUUGGCCGACCCCCGAAAUACAGAAAAAAUCAGCAGAGAACAUACCAGUCAAUGGCCUCGGAAGGCGUGUAUCCAUCUCUGUUCAUGUCGGGCCUGUCGUGCCCACCAGACCGCCCCCUGUCUCUGUGCUGGGAGCAGCACUGCAAGCUGCUCCCUGGAGUCCAGGGAAUACACGCCAGCCAAGUGGCCACCUGGAAAGUAGAGGAGGUGUUUGAGUUUGUCCAGAACCUGAUUGGCUGUGAGGAGCAGGCACGUCUCUUCAAAGAGGAAAUGAUUGACGGGGAGGCCUUCCUACUGCUAACCCAGAUGGACAUCGUCAAGAUCAUGAGCAUCAAGCUGGGUCCUGCCCUCAAGAUCUCCAAUGCUAUACUGAUGUUCAAGAGCACCGACGAGGGCCUCAAGUGACCCCCCGGCCCCCACCUCCAACCUACAUUCUGUCAGCCGCCGAUCAUUACGUGCCAAAUCCAUUCCAAAUCUCCCUCACCCAUGUCAUGUGUUUGGUGUUGGGAACCCA